AUGGCGAAGAAUAUGGAGAAUACCAGCUAUCGAAAGAUCGAUGUCGACGCUUACGAUCCGGAAAACUACGAUGAGAAUGAGGACGCUGGAGACACUCCCGGUCUUGGGCCUGAUGAGCGUACAGUGACCUCUCAUUUGCAAACUAAUCGCCUUGAAGAUGCGCUGCGUGCCGCACUGCUGAAUCCUCCGCUGAAAUGUAAAAACCAGAAACUUUCUCCCGAUGAAGGUGACAUAUUGAUGAAGUACGUGUACAAAGCAAUGGAAAUAACACCCGAAAAUGCACUAUGUCAAACACUUCUUACUUGGCACUCUAUGUUAGUUGCUCGUUUUGGUCUCGGAUCAAUAAUACGUGUAUUCUCCGACCGAAGUCGCCUUUGA